CACUGUGUGUGGCAGUGAGGAAAUCGUAAUAAUACCAAAACAUUAUUAUUUAAUAUGUAUUAUCUCCGUUUCAUAAUGCCAAUGGGUGUGGAGGCAUGCCCGUUGAGGCCACUGCCGACUGGACUUCGAGAUAGUGUACGCGCGACAACGUGCGCCGAACAAGCUCGUGGAACGACAAUAGCGUGAAGACAUGAAUGAGAUGGUGCUGUUCAUUUUAGUGUACUUUGUGGCCGUUGCAUCGGCUAAGGAUCCCGAUUUAGAUAUGGCCUCAUCUAAAAUCGAACUUACUCCCAACAACACGAUUCAAAACUUGCAGUUUGAAGAUUUAACGUACAACCUGACGGACUUCACGAUUUGCACGUGGAUAAGAUUAUCUAAUUUGUCUCACACGCAGACCAUUUUCCGCCUGGGGAGCAAAAAAGAAACGCUGAUAUUAUGGCGGAUACACGUGCGCCCGAAACAGACGAUGCGGAUAACGAUCAAGAACCGACUGGUCGCCUCAGAGGGCAUGCAACUGCCCAAAGGCCAGUGGAGUCACGUUUGUUUCCAGUGGAAGGGACCGACCGGCGUCUGGGCGAUGUUCGUCAACGCAAAAAUCCAUUCGGUCGGACAAGUGCCCGCCGUCGGCAAUGACACGGCGACGGCGUGGACGUUGCGCGGCAAAGGCAUCGGGACCGUCGGCGACGACGGCGCACCCUGCCGGAACGCGUGGCAAGCGUACGGCCUGUACAUGACCGGAUCGGCGGACGCGAGCGGCACACCGGCGGAAACGUCGCGGUCCCGCGACAGGCCCCGGAACAACGGCAAGCGGCAGGCGGUGUUCGACUCGGAACCGAACGACAAGGGCACCGGCGACGGCAGUUCAGCGACGACGCCCAAACCGUUCCAGUGGCUGACCAAAACGUUCGCGUUCGUCAAGCGCAUGUUCACGUUCGUCAUCAUACCGUUCUUCAAGUUCGUGCGCAACACGUUCUUCCAGACCCGGUCGUCGGACGACACGGUGGUGGACGUCAGCGAGACGCACCUGACCGUCAGCGAGGUCAAGUUCGAGCCGCCACCGCCGUCAAAAGUGACGGCGGCAGACGAUUUCCCGGACGGCGACAGCGACAAGAGCAAGCGACACGCGUCCACGUCGUCCGAACGGGAAGCGAACGGCGCCGACGAUCGUCCGUGCCGCGCCGUCAGCGAGCGCGUCAGCGUGGCCGACCUGGUGGCCGCGGGUGCCACCACCGCUGCCGACGACCACCCGUUGUCGCCGAACGCCGGCCGGUACUUGCGGAUGGUCAGCGACGGGCUGAACGACGUCGGCGUGAACGCGGCGUUCGUCCGCCGGGCGUUCGCGUGCUGCGGCCGGCACGAGCUGUUCGGGCCGCCGGCCGACCACGUCGUCAUCGACUGGCACCGUACGCCGGCCCGAGCGCACAACGUGACCGUGUCGCCGCACGUUUGCGGCCGCACGUCUUAACGGUCGGAGCAACCGUGUAGCGGUCCGCGGGCGAACGACGUUGACGGUUCGUCACCGCCGCAACUCUUAUCGCUCAGGUUCGGAGCUUGAAGCAAUAAAAACUGUGUUCUCGUUAACAGGUUAAUGGUUUUUUUUUUUUUUUUUUGUAAAUAAUAAUGUUCAACGCAACGCGGAUCGCACUAUCGAAUUGACUGGUAAAAAAAAAAAAAAAAAGAAACAAAAUGAUCGAACUAUUUAGUAAGUAUGUGUAGAUUAUAAGGUCAUAACCGCAAGGGAAUCAUUCGGUCAUAAGUGUGCGCAUGAGGUAGUCAGGUUAGGCACUCGACUACUAUGUGAACCUUCUCUCCCUCACCAAAAUAUUCAAUAUUAUCACAUUAAUAAAUAACCAUAUCAAUCACUUCGAAACGUCCGUAAGUUGUAAAUACACGUAUCAGAAUAUUGGAAAGUAUAAUUAUUAAGUUACAUUAAAUUACGCCAUCAAAAUUUGUUGUUAAUAUUAAAUGUUUAGAAUAAACCGAUUUCGCGCUGCGGAUUUACACCGGUAUGCAGACUAAAGGGUGAAAACCGUUUAGUUUAACAACGGAAUUCGGUGCGAUUGAACACAGUCUCCGUACACAGUCGGCAAAGUCCGCGAACCCCUCAUCACGCGUAUCGCUCCAGUCAAGGGUUGAUAAUAAAAUAUUACCGUAAUGUCCCGACGCUCCUCCCGACCCGUAAUCAUCUGAUUUCGUCGAUUUAUCGAUUCAAAAAUCCGUCGAACGGAAUCGCGUACUCGCCAUCGUUCGUUGUGCAUUGCGCGCGCGGGGACGACGCACGUCCGGAGAUUACGUGAAACAAUUUCUUCGGUUUUCGCACGUUCGAAUGCGUACAACGAAUUCAAUACACGCGAGUACACCAAUCCUCGUCUUCGUCCGACACCGUUGGUAGGGCACAACGCGCGAACGUGUUAUGAUGAAAAAUAUAUAAAAAAAUAGUAAUAACAAUAAUAAUAAAAAUACUGUACUGAAAUAAUAAUAAUAAUAAUAAUAACAAUAAUGUUAAAAUUUACGAAACUCCGUUGCCGCUAUCGGAACGCGUGCGUUACAUUCGCAUUACAAUCGAAAUGUCAUAUUACGCGGUGACUGCAGCGAUGUAAGUAAUGAAUUCAAUAAAACGCGUUAAAAUGUGGUGCGUAAAUUAUUCAACAAUAAUAGUUGUAAUAGGUAUAUUGUGUUGAAAAUAGACCUUUAUAUUCCUUCUUCGGGACUAUUGUAAAUACAUUGUAUUCAGAUAAUAUAUAUUGAUAUUUGUAUUAUUUUUUUAUAAUUAUUAUUUUUAUUUUUUUUUAUUUUUUGAACUUCGUAAUCGUGUUAAUGUUACACAUAUUAUUAUUAUGAUUUCUCAAUGCUAAACGUCGUCGUAAUUUUUGCAUUUAUUUUAUAUUUUAAUCGUUAUUAG